AUCGGAUUUUGGAUUCGUUUUGAUAUAUCGGACGCAUACCUAUAUCAGAUUUCUCAUUCAUUCGUUCAGUCUUUCUGUCAAAAUGGCUGCCGUGCAAGAGGCGAGACGCGAACCUAUCCAAGCUGUCCAAGUUUUCGGACGCAAGAAAACCGCAACUGCAGUAGCAUACUGCAAACGCGGCCACGGAGUUCUCCGAGUAAAUGGCCGCCCACUAGACUUGGUGGAGCCCCGCUUGCUCCAAUACAAACUUCAGGAGCCAAUCCUUCUCCUUGGAAAGGAAAAAUUCUCUGGUGUUGAUAUCAGAGUUACAGUUAAGGGUGGUGGUCAUGUCGCACAGGUUUAUGCGAUCAGACAAGCCAUCUCCAAGGCCCUUAUUGCUUUCUACCAGAAAUAUGUAGACGAAGCGUCAAAGAAGGAAAUCAAAGACAUCCUCGUUCAAUACGACAGGAGUUUGCUGGUCGCCGACCCACGUCGCUGUGAGCCCAAGAAGUUCGGUGGCCCAGGCGCGCGCGCUCGCUACCAGAAGUCCUACCGUUAGAAUUGUAUCGUCCGUUCGUCACUUGGUAUCGUGCGGCUGGCUGUCUUCUGUACGAUACCAUUUGGUGCUUUAAAAUAAAAAAAAUAAAAAGUACU